AAAACAAGUCGCUCUUAGGGACAGAGGGCAACCAGCAUUGGCCGAACGCUCUGAACAUAGUCCUCUGCACGACUUUAUCAUGCUGCGGUUGUAUAUGGCAGCGCUGGAGCGGAGCCCGCUACUGACCAAGAUGCUCACCUGCGCUGUCCUCAACGCCACCGAAGAGACGUUGGGACAGAUCCUGGCGACAGCGUCGGCUCGCGACUCGAGCUCGAUCUGGCGGACGGCGACGUCGUUCCCCGGCAAUGCGGGCCAGUCGAAUCUCGGAUCGCCGAUACGGUCUCCUGGGCUGGACGGCCGCGAUGGCGUCCGUGCUGGCAAUAGCGGCAACGAAAGGACAGUGUCGGUGGCGCGGGUUGUCGCGGAGUGGUUGGAUGUGGCAAAGGAGAAGGCGCUCGCUGUGGUGGGCGCCAACAUCGGUUGGUUGCGGGUGGCCAAGAUGGGCGCAUACGGUGCUCUGAUCAACGCCCCGCUCAACCAUGUCCUCUACGGAGCAGCUGAUGUUGUCUUUACCAACCUCACAUCAUCGUCAAUCACUAACAUGUCACUGCAUCUUGCAGCCGUCAACAUCUUCAUCAUUCCCAUCGUCACCUAUGUCUACCUCUACGCGCUGGGGACGAUCGAGGGCCUCAGCCGCGACGACCUUCAGGCCCGCAUCUUCCGCGACUUUGUCCCUAUUGUCAAGCAGACGUGGACAUACUUUCCAAUCAUCCAGCUCAUUGUCUUCAAGUUUGCACCGGCUCAGCUCACUGUCCCCAUCUUCAACCUCAUCGGCUUUGUCUACGGCGUCUACAUCAACGCCACCUCCAAGACGCAGUAAGCAAGCACAGGGUGCGAGAGAGAGAGGGAGCAAGCAAUCUGUAUCAAUGACCAUGG